GCCUCCUCAGCAUCACAGAGCUUCCUGAUACAAUACAGAGCAAGAUUUUCCUGACACCUCACUGUGUGGAUCUCUGUCAUCAACAUGGCAACGACCAGGGAUAUGUCUUCAAAAUACAAGAACACCAUCCUCAAAAGUGUUCUUAUCAGUUCAGGACCUCCUCCUGUUUACCAGCUAAACCCAAAGAAAAAAAUGUUUGGAACGCUGACAAAAAUGACUGUUGGUGAAAAAAAUCCAAAAAAGACAAAUAAAACCAUCUUACUUGUGGGUGAAACAGGAGCAGGAAAAUCUACUCUGAUCAAUGCUUUGGUCAACUACACGAUGGGAGUGACGUGGGAGGAUGGAGUCUGGUUUCAGAUCGUAGAGGAGGAGAAGAAAAGUCAAUCAAAAAGUCAGACAUCAGAUGUGAUCGUGUACGAGAUCUUUGGUUUUGAAGAUGAAACUCUGCCCUACUCUCUGACCAUCAUCGACACUCCUGGAUAUGGAGACACCAGAGGGACUGAGCAUGAUGUCAUUGUUAGUGAAAGAUUAUUGGACUUGUUUCGAUCAGAUGACGGAGUUCAAGAAGUUCAUGCAGUGGGUCUAGUGAUGAAGGCGAGUGAUAAUCGACUGAGUGAUCGAUUGAGGUACAUCUUUGAUUCAGUCAUUUCUCUGUUUGGAAAAAACCUGGAGAAAAACAUUGUGGCCCUGAUCACACACUCAGAUGGUGUAACACCUGAAAAUGCUCUUGAAGCUCUUGAAGCUGCAAAAAUAAAAUGUGCCAGAAUAGAGGAUGAGCCAGUUUGCUUCCUGUUCAAUAACCAACAGGAAAAAGAGAGAAAAAAGAAAGACAAGGUGGGUUUGCAUAACGCAUGGAGAGUAUCAGAGGGAGGAAUGAGUGAAUUCUCAGAAUUCCUGGAAAAUAUUGAACCUCAGAAACUGAUGACAACUGUUGAAGUGUUAAAUGAACGCAUCAGAUUGACAGCCUGCAUUCAAAACCUGCAAGAAAGAAUAGAUUUUAUUGAAUUAAAACAGACAGAAAUAAAACAGACUCAAGAGGCUCUGAAGAAACACGAAGAAAAGAUGACGACAAAUAAGGAGUUCACUAUAGAAAUUGAUGAGGUCUACAAAGUUAGAGAAGAUAUCGAGGUUGGGUGGUGGUGCUUGUUGGCUGGGUAUGCAGGAGCUGUCAGCUGUAAAGUCUGUGAGGAGAACUGUCACUAUCCUGGAUGCACAAUGGCCUGGUAUCCUGCACACUGUGAGGUCAUGAAAGGAGGCCGCUGUACUUUUUGUACCAACAAGUGUCCUGCAUCAGAUCAUGUGAAAGAAAGGAAGAUCUAUGUAACCAAGACACGUCGUGUCAAAAAGACUAAUGAAGAAAUGAAAAACAAGUAUGACAAGAACAAGACAGAAAGUGAGGACAAGUCCAGCCUUUUGGAAAAUCUAGAAAAGGAAAUGAACCAGCUGAGAGCAGAGAAGUCACAGUGGCUGGAGGAGUCCUACCAACAUGUUGUCAGACUGGAGGAAAUCGCUCUGAAUGUUUUUUCUCUGUCCACUAUUGUACACUUAGAGUUAUUAAGUGAGAAGAUGAAGGAGAAAGGAGACACAGAGAAGGUCCAGAAACUGGAGGAGAUGAGAAGCAGAGUGGAUGAAGGUACCAGAGGAGCUCUGCAGUACAUACCUGCAGUUAUGAAAAAAUUUGGGCAAACCUUAUGGAACAAGAUGAAAACCCAUCAGACAGAUAUGUAGAAUUUAACUCAAAUCACGAGACAUCCUCAUGGUUUUACAGAAAAUACAGUAGUUCUGUAAAAAUUGCAUAUGGAAAUGUUUCACUUGCAGAUUUAAUCAGUUAUCAAUUAUCAGUUUACUCUGUCAUUGGUAAUUGGCCUCAGGAUGAUGAGAGCAGCUACAACCCAGACUUUGACCAUUAUGCUAAAUGUUCUGAUGAGUCCUGUC